GGAAGUGGCGGUGCCAGCGGAGGCGGAAGUGAGCGUCGAGCCGUCAUGGCGGACGCGGUGGCGGAGCUUCUGUUUCUCGACACCUUCAAACACACCAACUCUGAGCAUAAUACACACGUGGAUGUAGUUCGCUUUCCUUGUGUGGUUUACAUAAAUGAGGUUCGUGUCAUUCCUCCUGGAGUCAAAGCUCACAAUAGCUUGCCUGACAGUGGGGCAUAUGGGGAGACCUCCCCACAUGCUUUUCAGUUAGACUUGUUUUUCAACAACGUCAGUAAACCAAGCGCGCCUGUUUUCGACCGAUUAGGAAGUCUUGAUUAUGAUGAAAAUGCAUCUAUCAUUUUUAGACCAAGCAAUAAGGUCAAUACAGACGGAAUUGUCCUGAAAGGUUGGUACAACUGCCUAACCUUGGCAAUUUACGGGACUGUCGAUCGUGUGAUAAGUCACGACCGAGACUCCCCUCCUCCACCACCACCACCACCACCUCCUCCACAGCAGCAGCUGCCGCAACAGCAACAAGCCCAGCAGCAGCAACACCAGCAGCAGCAACCAGCUCUUAAACGGAGUGUAAAACAUGAUUGGGAUAAGGAGGAUCAAUUUAAUGAAAAUCCCCCAAGACCACAGCCCAGGGGACCUCGAACACCCCCGGGCCCCCCUCCUCCUGAUGACGAUGAAGAGGAAACAUUACCUCAGACUGUAGCUGCGGAUAAAGCGGAUGAAAGCGAACAAAGGGAGGAUUACUUUGAACCCAUUUCUCCAGAUCGUUCUUCAACUCAGCAAGAGGCGCAGUUUUCUGAAGGUGAAGAGGAGGAGGAACCUCCAGAUGAUGAAGAUGACGAUGAGGAGGAGGAUGCAGCAGAAGGGGAAGAUGAAGACGAGCGCACUGUGGAAAGUAUUGAAGAGGAAGAUGAUGUAGAGGAGGAAGUAGAAGUUGAUGAAGAUGAUGGGUAUGAACAAAUAUCCAGUGAUGAAGAUGGAAUUGCAGAUCUGGAACGUGAAAAUUAUAAAUUGAGCUUUGAGCUUGAGUACACUGUUGAAGAUCUGACCUCUGUGCCUCCCAUUGCAUAUGACACUUACGACCGAGAGAUAGGACCCCCUUUAUAUUUUAAUCCUCCCUAUAGGACUAAAUAUGAGAAUGAAAUGGCGAGGCUGAAGGAGCUUGACCUAGAGAAAGCAGGCAUGGGAAAUAUGGAUGCUGCAGUUAAGUUAAAGGAACUUCUUGAACUCUACAAAGAUGAUAGGGGUGCCAAAUGGGUAAUGGCUUUGGAAGAGAUACCGGGUUUACUCGUUAAAGGUUUAAGUUAUGUUCAGCUGUUUGAGCGUGAUCAGGACCAUCUAAAACAACUUGUGGACUGGACAUUGGAUGCUUUAAGCCUUCACACAGCUAUAACACAGCCCAUAGCGUUGAAUUUAAGGCAGCUUAAGGCUGGGACAAAGCUUGUUUCAUCCUUGGCUGAAUGUGGGUCUGAAGGAGUUUCAGCCCUUUCAGAGGCAGGCAUCAUUGACCGACUCUUUGUUCUGCUGUUUGCGGAGCACAUGUCGUCUUCAUUAAAGCUAAACACGCUUAAAGCUCUGGAUAGCGUGAUUAGCAUCACGGAAGGGAUGGAAGAGUUCUUGAAUGCCAAAGCAGAGGAGCAGGGAAAAAGUGGGUAUCAAAGAUUAAUGGAGCUAAUACUGACUGACCAAACAGUGAGAGUGGUGACUGCUGGCAGUGCUAUAGUUCAGAAGUGCCACUUCUAUGAGAUUGUAUCCGAUCUGGAAAAGAUGGCCUCACAGCUGGCGGAAAGUACUCCCGUCCCGUCUAAUGUCCAUGAGGCUGAUCAUGAUGCUAAUUCUGGGCGAGAGAAAGGAAGUAAAGAUAACGACGAAGGGGACAUGGAGACUCCCACAGAUUUGGACCGUUUGUUGGAAGCUUCGAACAUUAGUGAAGUGGAAGUGGAAAAACUUGUAAGCAUUCUCGAUGAACUUCUGCAAUUGUUGGAAGCCGCACCUUAUUCAAUGAUACAACCACCUGUUAAGUCAUUUCCAACAGCAGCUCGCAUCACAGGUCCUCCAGAAAGGGAUGAUCCUGCACCAUCGCUGCUAAGGUACCUUAACAGCUGUCAUUUUCUGGAAUCGCUCGCCCUCCUUCUGUCUAUCCCUGCAACCAACGCACAUCCGGGUCUGCUGCAAGCCAUUAAAGACUUGAUUAAGUUUCUAAUUCAGAUACAAAAUGGUCUUCUGUUCCUGAGUGCAGAGUACGAAGUGACAAAUCUGCUGAUCCGGGCCUUGUCUCAGACUCUUGAUCAAGACCAAGAGGAUGGUGGUAAUGACGAAACAUUGGCCAUAUGGCUGUUGUACUCGCUACAGGCAUUGCAGUACGUUUCUGAACUUUUUGAUUACUUGAAUCGAGGUUUGUCGCUUGAGGAAACCGACCGCGCAGACAUACUAGGAACUCUACACAGCCUCUACCUGGUUACCUUCCAUCCAAUUGGAAGAAGUGCUGUGGCCCACGUGCUACACCUGGACAAAAAUCUUUCAAGUCUCAUUACGCUAAUGGAACACUAUUCCAAAGAACUCUUGGGGGAUACAAAGUCGAGAAAAUCAGUUGCGUGCAAUUAUGCAUGCAUGCUUAUUUUGCUAACAGUGCAGUCCACCCACGAUGGACAAAUGCUGGAGCAGCAUUCAGUUGGGCUGCUGAGACUCUGCAAAGCUGACGACACCAACCCCAAACUUCAGGAAUUAAGUAAAUGGGUGGAGCCCCUGAAAAAUCUGAAGUUUGAAAUAAAUUGUAUUCCUACACUUCUUGAAUAUAUCAAACAGAACCUGGAUAAUUUGACCAUUCAGAUGACUCAGGAAGGUGCUGGAUUAACCUCUGCUCUACGUGUUCUUUGCCACAUUGCCUGCCCCCCUACACCCCUUGAAGGUCAGCAGAAAGAUCUUAAAUGGAACCUUGCCGUUAUUCAAUUGUUUUCAGCAGAAGGAAUGGACAUCUUUAUUCGGAUUCUGCAAAAACUAAACAGUGUCCUAAUACUGCCCUGGAGGUUACAUGCCAAUAUGGGAACGACAUUACAGAGGAUUAUGAUCUUGUCCAUUACAAGAUGUACCCUUUCUCUCUUGAAGACAAUGUUGACAGAACUUCUGAGAGGAGGGUCGUUUGAAUUUAAAGAUGUUCGUAUUCCUACUGUUUUGGCCACCCUCCAUAUGGUCCUUUGCUCCAUCCCUUUGUCUGGUCGACUGGAUGACGAAGAACAAAAGAUUCAAAAUGACAUCGUUGAUGUUCUGCUUACGUUUACUCAAGGCGUCAAUGAACAGGUCGCUUAUUCUGAAGAGUCCCUGGCAAACAACACGUGGUCGCUAAUGUUGAAGGAAGUCCUUUCCUUUGUACUGAAAACCCCAGAAGGAUUUUUCUCGGGAAUGUUACUGCUUUCAGAACUUUUGCCCUUUCCAUUGCCCAUGCAAACAACACAGCCGAUUUCAGCAGAAGGCAUGGCUGUUGCACUGAAUACCCGAAAACUGUGGAGCAUUCACCUUCAAAUCCAGGCCAAGUUUUUGCAGGAGAUAGUACGUUCUAGCUUCGGAUCUACGUGCCAGCCUUUACAGCAGCUUCUCCGGCGUGUGUGCAUGCAACUCUGUGAUCUGGCUUCUCCCACAGCUCUGCUCAUCCAGAGAACUGUGUUAGAUCUGAUUAUUGAAGAAAUAAGCAGUCCUGCAGAAGGGAAAGAGAAGACAGUCACUGCUCAGACUGCACGGCUGCUGGCAUUACUGGAUUCUUUAGCCUCCCAUGGAGCUUGUAAGGCUGCUCUCCUACACCUUUUGAGUGGAGCCAGCAAGGGUGACGAGAGGUUUGCAGAAGUAUUUCGAGGGAUGCUGGAAUUGUUACGGACAGUGGUCAACAAUGUUCAUCAUCAGCACUGCGCUGAGUAUAUUGCUUCUGUUGUGCAGUCCCUCUGUGACCAGGACAUUUCACUGAUCUUGAAUAAUUCAACUGAGGGAUCUGGUUCUGACCUGGAGCAGUUGUCUAAUUCCCUGCCAAGUGGAGAAUUUCUGUCAUCAAUUUGUGAUACCUUCUUGCAAGCACUGGCUAAUAAUGAGACCACGUUUGCCACAGUUCUUACUUGCCUCAGGACCAUGAUAUUUUUAACGGAACAUGAAUAUGGGUUUUUCUAUUUGAAGAGUGCUUUGAAACAAUUUAAUAACGCCCUUUACUCUCUGCUAAAACGUGUGGUUCAUAAUUUCAACAAAGAAAUGGCUGAGUUGGCAUCCACAUUACUGGAUUUUCUACGGCAGAUCAUAAAUACAGACAGUUUGGUCAGCUGUGGAGAUGAAGGUGGUCCGAUGAAGGUUGAUGGGCUCCAGACUCUCCGAUCUUCAGCACUGAGUGCUGCAGAUGUGAAGCAGCUGCUGAAGUGGAAGGAAUCCUCUGAUGAUCAUUUGCUGCUUGAACUGGAUAAAGUCGUAACGGAGCUGUGUAAAGAGGAUGAUAGUUUUGACUCUUUGUUUGAAAACGUUGUUGGGUUGCGACAGAUAUUGGAAACUAGUCCAGAUGUUUUGCCGCCCACUGAACAGGAUGUGGAGACUGCCCUUCCGGCUGCUGAACCUCUCCCUGUACAAUUUAACAACAGGACUGUAUAUGUGAUAGCAGAUGUUAUGGAUGACCAGUUAAAGACACUGUGGCUUUCCCCAUUCCAAGCUGAGGAGAUGGAUACAGAUUUAGAUAUGGUCAAGGUUGACUUGAUUGAGCUGGCUGAGAAGUGUUGCUGCGAUAUGGACUUGAAGGCAGAAUUGGAAAGAUCGUUCCUCUCAGAACCCUCGUCGCCUGGUAGAACCAAGGUAUCGAAAGGCUUUAAACUGGGCAAGCAUAAACACGAGACCUUCAUCACAUCCAGUGGAAAAUCUGAAUACAUAGAGCCUGCUAAACGAGCUCAUGUGGUUCCACUGCCUCGAGGGCGAGGCCGAGGGGGCUUUGGGUCCAAUUGCAGACCCCACGAUAUAUUUAGACAACGCAAGCAAAAUACAAGCAGGCCGCCUUCGAUGCAUGUGGACGAUUUUGUGGCCGCAGAAUGCAAAGACGUUCCUUCCUCCGGCCCGCCGCCGCCAAAGAGGGCAAAUAAAGGACCCCAGAAAGCUCCGCGUGGCGGGUUUUCUGGGAACAGGGGGCGAGGUGUCUUUCACAGUCAAAACCGCUUCUUUUCACCGCCUGCCCCCAAAGUAGAUCUGACUUUUAUUCCAGCUCAUGCAGUCGGACUUCUGCAUCCCAGCACGAGAAACCAGUUUCAUUUGUGCGCUGGUAUUUCAAGCCCUUUUUAUGCAGCAAACAGUCUGGAUGAAUGGGGAAAUUAUAGCCGUCGUGAGGGAGGUCGCGGCUCGAGCUGGAGUGCCCAGAACAGCCCCCGCGUGACGUACAAUGAAAAUCGAGGUGGCCAAAGCAACUUUAACAAAGCUCCCCCAUCCAGACAGCCAUCUGCAGGAUAUCGGCAGAGUCCCCGUGAUCGUACAUCGAGGGGUCGAGGAGCGGGGCCGUCCUGGGGAGGAGGCGGCUCGAGAGGAAAGUUUGGCGGAGGAAACAGCGGAAGGGGAAGACACGUGCGAUCGUUUACCCGUUAAAUGGAAUUUUUUUUUUGUUGCACAUUCUCUUUAUCAAUGAACAAUUAAAUGUUUUUCCCCUCAAGACGAUGAAGUUGAGAGAGAUUCUGUAGUAGGAUAUGUGGCACUGAAGGACCAAUUUUUGACGCCAGUAACUUCUGGCUGUGAGACUUAGUUCAAAGAAGUGGAUAUUUUUGUUGAAUAAAUUUGGAAGAUGUUGUUCUUUUAUAACGGUAUUGAAAUUUUAAUAAAAUCGAUCAAAAAGA